AUGAGCGAUAUUGACGACGGUGAUUCACUCACUGGAAACCAGAAUAUCAUAGAUAAAGCAACUAUCGAUGGAGCAAAUGAUUUGCUGAAUGUUCUCGAGCAAUCUCACAGAAGCGAUCUUUCGUUACACCUGUACUCUUCAUAUUUAUUGAAACAUCUUCUGUACAAAGCAAAUGAGAAAAAGCAUUGGCUCGAAAUUGACCAAUUUGUUAGAACACAGAUCAAGAACAACUGGACUAGCUGGCCAAGUCCAAAGACUGUCAUCAGUCCCGGAACUGAUCUUCUUUAUGAGGAUAUUGUUGUGGCAGGACAACAUGAACGAAAACAAGAGCAAGACUAUGCGCAGGGAACUAUUAAGCCCGGUGAAGUCUCACACCGGGCAUUAAUUCAUUCCAAAAACAUGCUGAGAUUGGAACUGGAUUCAUACUGGCAGCAUUGCUUUGUUCAAUCUUCUGCAAAAUCGGGUGAAGUAUUGGACAUCGACAAGAUGUUCAUACCAAAAUCGGUAAGCGAUGAAGUAAUAAAUAAGAUCGAUUCUCUGUUGAGUGGUCUGCAUAGUAGGAUGGCACAAAUGAACAAAAUCGAGAUUCGGCAAGAUCAGGUAUCGCAUAAUGUUACUAUCACUCAAGCCCAAAACGAAACAGUCAAAGUUAAAAAGAUUCCCAAACUGACGUAUCGCGAUAUUAUCAGCCAAGGAUGCGAAAUGGGUGAGGAUAUGGUGGAGAUUUAUAUGAAAUCGCUCGAAUUAUAUAAUGAUUUUCCGUCGAAACUGAAAAAAAACCAGUAUAAACUGCCAAAAUCAGUGCUUAGAAAAUAUGGACCGGCGAAGAAGGGAAAGUCAGGCAUUCAUAAACUAAUGCGGUCAAGAGAGCAAUUUUUGGAUGUCUAUAAGCUUUUGCAGGAUAAGAGAUUAUCUGCUCAGGAUAAGGCCGCUUUAAAGAAGCUGUCGAAUAGUGUUACAGAAAAUGCCAUCGACAAAAAGACAUUUUUUAAAAUCAAGGGAUUUCCUACUGAUGAACAUACAGAGGAUCUCUAUGAGUUAGACGAUUGUUUAGCCAAAGUACCUACCUAG